AUGUCUUCUCAAGAAAAUUUAAACAAUGGCUCGCCUAUUGUAAACAAUGAAACACCCUCUCCCUCCGUCACUGCUGCUCCCAAUGCCGCUGCUUCCGCCUCUGAUUUGACCGAGCAACAACAGCAGCAAGCGAGCGGCACUCCUCCUCUCACAACUGCUCCAUCACCCUCCGCUUCUUUGUAUGUCGGUGAACUCGAUCCUUCAGUUACCGAAGCCAUGCUCUUUGAAAUGUUCAAUAUGAUUGGCCCCGUUGCCAGUAUUCGUGUUUGCAGAGAUGCAGUAACCAGACGAUCAUUGGGUUACGCCUAUGUCAACUUUCAUAAUUUGGUGGAUGCUGAACGCGCUCUCGAGGCAUUAAACUACAGUUUAAUCAAAGGGCGUGCCUGUCGUAUCAUGUGGUCUCAGCGUGAUCCUGCUCUUCGUAAAACCGGCAAUGGAAACAUCUUUAUCAAGAAUUUGGAUCCUACCAUCGAUAACAAGGCCCUUCACGAUACAUUUUCUGCAUUUGGCAACAUUUUAUCAUGCAAAAUCGCACAAGACGAGGAAGGCAAAUCAAAGGGAUAUGGGUUUGUUCACUACGAAACUGAAGAGGCGGCUGACAAUGCCAUCAAGCACGUCAAUGGUAUGCUUUUGAAUGACAGAAAAGUGUUUGUGGGUCAUCAUAUUCCUCGCAAAGAACGUCAAUCUAAGAUUGAAGAGAUUCGUUCUCAAUUCACCAAUGUUUAUGUCAAGAAUCUGGCAGAGGACGUUACAGAUGAGGAUCUCAGUGCUACGUUUGGGAAAUACGGUCCCAUCACAUCCGCUGUUAUUACUCGAGACAACGAAGGCAAAUCUCGUGGCUUUGGCUUUGUCAAUUUUGAGGAUCACGAUGACGCCAGUCGCGCGGUAGACGCUCUUAAUGACACAGAGUAUCACGGCCAACAAUUGUACGUCUCUCGUGCACAAAAGAAGAAUGAACGUGAGGAAGAAUUGCGUCGUCAAUACGAGCAAGCUAAACUCGAGAAACUUAGCAAAUAUCAAGGUGUGAAUCUCUAUGUCAAGAAUUUGGAUGAUGAUGUGGAUGAUGACCGUAUUCGUCAAGAGUUUUCUGUCUACGGUGUCAUUACCUCUGCCAAGAUUAUGCGUGAUGAAAAGACAGGUGCUAGCCGUGGUUUUGGCUUUGUUUGCUUCUCAUCUCCUGAAGAAGCUACUCGUGCUGUUACUGAAAUGAACGGCCGUAUGUUGGGUUCCAAGCCAAUUUACGUUGCUCUUGCUCAACGUAAAGAGGUGCGUCGCUCUCAAUUGGAGAUUCAAAUGGCUCAACGCAAUCAAAUGCGUGGGAUGGGUAUGGGCGCUGGUGCGCCUGGUGGAUAUAUGCCUGGUGCUCCCAUGUUCUAUGCUCCUCCUGGUGGCUUCAUGCCUCCGCAAGGUCAGCGCCCUGUGUUCCCUCAAGGACAGAUGAUGCCUCGACCCAGAUGGGCUCAACAACAAGGCUAUCCUCCUCAACCUAUGCCUCAAGGUUAUCCUCCCAUGCAAAGACCUCCUCGUGGCCCUCGCCCUCCUCGUGGUGGCCAUGCAGCCAGCAGAGGUGGUUAUCGUGGUGGCCCAGGUGUUGACAGACCUGAGGAAGCUCAACAACAAGAAGGUGAAGUAACCGGUAAUGAUUUAGACGGUCAACCUCAGCCUUUGACUGCAAGCUCUCUUGCCGCUGCUGCCCCAGAAGUACAAAAGCAAAUGCUUGGUGAGAGAUUGUAUCCCUUGAUCACUGAACAGGAACCUGAAUAUGCUGGUAAAAUCACUGGUAUGCUAUUGGAGAUGGACAACACAGAGCUUUUGCAUUUGGUUGAAGAUAAAGAGGCUUUGCAUCAAAAGGUUCAACAAGCAAUGGAUGUUCUCAAACAACAUUUAGCUGCUAAAGAUGAGUAA